ACUGACAUUCAAAGCUGACAUUAUUUGUCAAUAUUUACAAAAACAUGUCGGCAAUUCUUCUUAAAAAUUCUUCGAGUAAUGCCUGAAAAAAAUGAAUGUGACGGCGUCGUUAUUGCUGGCGCAUUAAUUGUGUUUGCGUUGCCGUUGACCCUGCUUAUUCCUGAUUUCUCCUUGUGGGAUGUGGUGCCCAAAUUUCGUGUAACUCGCUUCCACAUUUUUAGUCAACAUGUCACAUGGCCGCAGUUGAAUGCCUUAAUACUAGGGAUCCUUAUUUUAUUCUUCUGUCUUUAUCUGGAAAUCAGAAAAAGAAGAUUGGAUGACGUUGUUGAGAAAGUAUUGGCUGUAAGUCAAGCAACCGACACGACGAUGGCGGGCGAGCAGAAAAGACAAACAGCAGCGAUGAGGACGUGUGUAGAACUUCUCGAUGCUUCAACCGAGCAUUACGAGAACCUCGCGCUGCUACGUGACGAGCUCCGACAACGGGACAUUGUGAAGAAACAACACCCACCCACCAUUGAUUUGAGUUCGAUAGAGAUAUAAAAUAAUCAAAAUAAACUUAUGAUGAUGUUAAA